CCCCCUUCCCGUUCCCCGGAAAUGCACCGUAGGAGCGGAAGCGCCCGCCUGCAGUUGCCGGCAGCAGUUCCGUGAUGGUGGGCGGCGGCGGGAUGGGGGGCGGCCUCCUCGAGAACGCGAACCCCCUCAUCUACGAGCGCUCUGGGGAGCGGCCAGUGACCGCGGGCGAGGAGGACGAGCAGGUUCCAGACAGCAUCGACGCGCGCGAGAUCUUCGAUCUGAUUCGUUCCAUCAAUGACCCGGAGCAUCCACUGACGCUGGAAGAAUUGAACGUAGUAGAGCAAGUCCGGGUUCAGGUGAGCGACCCCGAAAGCACAGUGGCCGUGGCCUUCACACCCACCAUUCCGCACUGCAGUAUGGCCACACUUAUUGGCCUGUCCAUCAAAGUCAAGCUUCUGCGAUCCCUUCCCCAGCGUUUCAAGCUGGACGUGCACAUUACACCAGGGACCCAUGCCUCGGAGCAUGCAGUGAACAAGCAGCUUGCGGAUAAAGAGCGGGUGGCAGCCGCCCUAGAGAACACCCACCUGCUGGAGGUUGUGAACCAGUGCCUAUCAGCCCGCUCCUGAGCCUGAAUUUUUGCUCCCAGCCCCACGCAGGGCUCAUGGCCUUGUUUUCUUGAACCACUGACAAUAAGAAACUAACAUUUUGCAUUUUGUAAUAAACCCUUAAUUUAUAUUCAUUUCCCA